AUGCUGUUCAAUGUAAAUCUUGCUCUAUACAUAUAUUAUCAUAAGUCAUGUGGUAACAGGGCAAAGUUGUUGCCUGAUAGAAGUUAUAAUUACUGUUGUGGUACUGGUGAUCAAGUUCAUGAUGAAGAUUUUGCUGGACUAGAUCCUGGAUUUCAACUUAUUUUGAAAAGGCUUGACCAAGUAGAUGCGUCAUUGAGUGCAAUUAAGUCAGAUAUUCAAUCCUCCAGCAACAAGCUAACAGAACUUGAAAAAAAGGUUGAUACACUUGAAGAGAUUGUUACUGGUGAGUCUUUAUAUGAUGAAAUGAAAGAUAGGAUGAAUAGAGAGAAGAACUUUAUCAUAUAUAACUUUGAUGACUCAGUGAACUGA